UACUGUCAAAGUAGUUGUCAAUCACGACUGCCCGUGUAAUAAAUUCAAUUGUCUUAAUAUUUUUCUUUUCUUAUACCCAGAUGGAAUAAACUGUUGAUAAAACAUUAAAACAGAUUAAACCGCCACAAUGCAGUACACGUCCGAUGAAGCUUAUGCUCGGCUUAUUAGCCACCACAUGACUGUGCCACAAAGGAUCAAGGCUACUGGUGACAUAGUGGAUGAGGAAAGUUCGCCUAAUGGUUUGGUGACUGGCUGGGACUAUGCUAAUGAAAAGUUUGACAUGAAAGUACCUGAGAGAAUACUGGUUGUUGGACAAGACCAACAUGUUGGUACCAAAGCAACUCCUCGAGAAAUUCAGUUGGACAAUGCUGUGCUGCCAACUGACCCUGGCAUGAUACGUGUCAGCACGCCACCGCGUGUAAUUACUCUCGACCAGCACUAUUUUCCGUCGGCAGAUGAUUUCCCACAGGGAAUGCCAACUAACUCUCCGCCGAGAAAUUCGAGGCCUUUUCGAUCUCAAGGCGAUGGAGCACGCUCAACCACUCCUCGCCCUGAUAACUUCAAUGAAUCAACUAUGACUGAAUCGCGUUUGGUGUUGAGAGAUCCGACCCCGCCAAUGGGCAGUGGAGAAGGAUUGUCUACUUCAGAAGAGUUGGUGCAUCUACGACGUCAGAUUGUCAAAUUGAAUAGACGUGUGAUGUCAAUAGAGGCUGAGCAACUGCAGCGGCAGCAAAAAGAGAAGAUUGCAUAUGCAUUUGGAAUCGCCUACUUGUUGUUCAAAGUCAUCGCUUGGCUGAAUAGAUCCUAAUCAACAGGAACAGUGUCGUUAAAAUGUAAGAUGAAGUACUCCCCAUGUAUUGUUGACAUUAUGAAAUUUGAAUCACUGGAUUGUCCGUUACUUAAGGGGCAUUAUUAUGUAGAAAUGUCACUUUCUGAUCGUAGUAAAAGUGGAAGUGUUAUAGUUCAUCAAAGAUUAUUAUUUCUUAGCAUUUAGGUAACACUUUUUUUAUAUAAUAUGUUGUACAUUUCUGCGACUUGUACAGUGAAUUCUCACAUGAUAUUAUUAACUCUCUUGCAUUUCAUCUUCUUUUAAUGAAUUGUUGAGAAGUUAUUUGACCCUACCUUUAGUAUAUAGUUGUAUGAACUGGGUCAUUUUUUAUUUGAAUAAACGAUACAAGUUCA